CAACAAUCAGAUAAUAGUGAGGAACAGGGUCAAACUUCACUGUGAAGGAGUGCCAGCCUGUCCUCAGGGAGACCCCAGAAAAGACAGGUGUAACGGAUGUGAAACGACUAGCUUAGUUAGCGGUGUGCGCUAAAUAGUGUUUCAAUCGGUUGCGUCACUUGCUCUGAGACCUUGAUGUAGUAGUUCCCCUUGCUCUGCAAGGGCCGCGGCUCUUGUGGAGUGAUGGGUAACAACGAUGCUUCGUGGAUGACUGUUGUUGAUGUGUGCAGAGGGUCCCUGGUUCGCGCCUGGGUAUGGGCGAGGGGACGGUUUAAAGUUGUACUGUUACACAGGCAUAAAUAUGGAAACAGCUAAGGGCUCAGAGAUAAAGUGGACACUAAUUAUUUGGAGUCACCCUUGACAUAUAACACUUUAGGGCUGCCAAGCUCUUAUCAGGAUACAAGAGAUACUAGAGAUGCUCAGAUUUCUUAUUUUUUUAAUCAUUACUAAUCAGUGUGAUAAUAUUUAGUGGGGGGUCUUUGCCCACAUAGGUAGACUGGGUAUGUCUAUAUAGUUAUAUGGGUGUUAGUUCAGUUCUCAGGUGUUCUAUGUCAUUUGUGUUUGUAUCUCUCCCUCUAUAUUUGGCAAUGCGUUGACAUUUUUACAAUUCCUGAUCAUAAGGAGGUCAGGUCAUGAUUGGGUGAGGUGUCUGUGGUCAGAAAUUGUGCUAAAGAAGAACAGUUCCUAUUUUUUCUGGUUGUGUGCGGAGUCAUCUACAAGAGGACGUCAAUAUAUAAAUCUGAAAUCUAAGUCAUCUCCAAGCAUGGAUGAUUUGGGCUCGAUUUUCACUGAUGAGGAGUUGAGCCUCCUGAACUUCACUGAAUGGGAAUUUGUCGAGCCUGAGGACCUUGGUCCUGUGCUGGGGCCCCGUCACCUGUCCGCCCUGGUGUUCUAUAGCUUGGUCUUCCUGCUGGGGGUCCCGGGCAACGCUCUGGUGGUGUGGGUGACAGGCUUCCGCAUGCCGCGCUCAGUCACCUCUCUGUGGUUCCUCAACCUGGCCCUGGCUGACCUGCUGUGCUGCCUGUCCCUGCCCCUCCUCAUGGUGCCCUUGGCCAUGGACCAGCACUGGCCCUUUGGCCCCGUGGCCUGCAAGCUGCUCAAGGGACUCAUCUACCUGGUCAUGUAUUGUAGCGUGCUGCUGCUAGUACUUAUCAGCCUGGACCGCUGGCUGCUGGUCAGCUUGCCCGUGUGGUGCCAGAACUGGAGGAGGCCACGCAAGGCCGCCUGGGUAUGUGUCGGGUUGUGGCUCCUGGCCCUGCUGGGCAGCAUCCCCCAGUUUGUCUACGUGAAGGAGGUCCAGCUAAGCACCAGUAAAUCAGAGUGCCUGGGAUCUCACACUAUAGUUAGCGCCUGGACUAUCACUACAGUACGCUUCCUGUUGGGUUUUGUGAUGCCAUUCAUCACCAUCGUGGCGUGUCAUUGGGUUGUGUAUAGCAGGGCCGGGCGGGGGUCUAGGGUGGGGUCUGGGAGGGUGAGUGAGGUGCGCUCCAGACGCACCUUGAGGGUCAUUUUUGCUGUGUUGCUGAGCUUCUUCCUGUGCUGGGUUCCACUGCACAUAUUGGAUUUCCUGAUCCUAUUGACCCCCCGGCACUCAUCGCACAGCGCCAACAUACAGCUGGCCCACACCCUGGCCCUCUGUCUUGCCUACUGUAACAGCUGCCUCAACCCUCUGAUCUAUGUGUGUCUGGGACGAGGCUUUAAGCAGAGUAUUAAUCGUUCCCUGCGCAGUAUGUUAAACUUCGCCACCGAGGAGCCGCUACCCAGAAAGAGCAUAUCCAAGAGCACAUCAGAAAGAACCCAGGAGAUGAAUGUAAUGUAAAGUUCUGUGUGUAUGUGAAUGUGUGUGUGUGUGUGUGUGUAUGUGUAUGUGUAUGUGUAUGUGUGUAUGUGUGUAUGUGUGUAUGUGUGUGUGUGUGUGUGUGUGUGUGUGUGUGUGUGUGUGUGUGUGUGUGUGUGUGUGUGUGUGUGUGUGUGUGUGUGUGUGUGUGUGUGUGUGUGUGUAAACCAUGAGAACCUGCUGAGUCAGAGUGUUUUGUGACAUUAAAAAGUGCUGAGAGACGUGAUUCGAAUCCAGUGUUGUUUAACAGAACAGGAACUUCUGCCCUCUCUGUAAUAUAUUUCCGCCAGCAAUCAUACUUGUGCAAUUACAUUUGGCUUUAUCUGUAUUUAAGGGCUCUAUUCAAUCAGAUCCGCUUUAGCUGACAUCCCCAAUAAGGUUGUUUUGGUGGUGUGAGAGGUGGAACUGCGUUAGAGCUGUCACACCAGUGCCAUGAUUACUGUAUAUAUGUGAUAACCUUUGUAUGCUUGCAAUGCGUAAUGAUGGAAAAGUACUGGGUAAAUGGAGAUGUACUGCUUUAGUUCUCAGGCUGAGAAUUGUCUGCACCUGCUGAUAGUCACAUAGGCUCAAGGCUGAUAUAGUAGAGUGAAAAACCACAGUGUAGACAUGUUUUUCUCAUCUUAGAUGCUUUGUAUCUAAUCAAAUGCAACAAUGUUAACUGCUUAAGUGAUCCCUUCACGCACCAAUCCCGUUAACUUCUUGGUGACAGGGGGCAGUAUUUUCACGUCCCGGAUUAAAUGCAUGCCCAAAUUCAACUGCCUGCUACGCAUGCCCAGAAGAUAAGAUAUGCAUAGUAUUAGUAGAUCUGGAUAGGAAACACUCUGAAGAUUCUAAAACUGUUUGAAUCAUGUCUGUGAGUAUAGCAGAACUUAUUUAGCAGGCGUAACCCUGAGGACAAACCAUUCAGAUUGUAUUUUUAGGUCACUCUAUUUUCAAUGGGAUUUCAUUGGGAAUCCAGAUUUCUGAGGGACCUUCUUGCAGUUCCUAUCGCGUCCACUGGAUGUCACCUGUCUUUAGAAAUUGGUUGAGGUUUUUCCUUUGUGUAAUGAAGAAGUACGGCAAUCUUGAACGAGGGUCACUUGAAGUGUACUGUACGGCGCGUGACCAGAAAGCUAGCUACAGUUUGUUUUCCUCCUGUAUUGAACACAGAUCAUCCCGUCUUCAAUUUUAUCGAUUAUUUACUUUAAAAAAUACCUAAAGUUGUAUUACAAAAGUAGUUUGAAAUGUUUUGGCAAAGUUUACAGGUAACUUUUGAGAUAUUUUGUAGUCACAUUGUGUAAAUUGGAACCAGUGUUUUUCUGGAUCAAACGCGCCAAAUAAAUGGACAUUUUAGAUAUAUAUCGACGGAAUUAAUUGAACAAAAGGACCAUUUGUGAUGUUUAUGGGACAUAUUGGAGUGCCAACAAAAGAAGCUUGUCAAAGGUAAGGCAUGAAUUAUAAUUGUAUUUCUGCGUUUUGUGUCGCGCCUGCAGGGUUGAAAUAUGCUUCUCUCUCUUUCUUUACUAUGAUGCUAUCCUCAGAUAAUAACAUUGUUUGCUUUCGCCGAAAAGCCUUUUUGAAAUCUGACAUGUUGGCUGGAUUCACAAAAAGUGUAGCUUUAAUUUGCUAUCUUGCAUGUGUGAGUUCAUGCAAGUUUGAUUUUUAUAGUAAUUUAUUUUAAUUUGGCACUCUGCAUUUUCUCUGGCUUUUGGCCAGACGCUACCGUCCCAUGUGUCCCAGAGAGGUUAACGGGAUUGAUUUGACAACACCCAGUGAAAUAGCAGCGUGCCAAAUUCAAAAACAGAAAUACUCAUAAUAAUCAUUCAGAAAUCAUACAAGUGUUAAACAUCAGUUUAGAGAUUAACGUCUUGUUAAUCCAGCCACAGUGUCAGAUUUCAAAAAGCCUUUAUGGCGAAAGCAAACCAUGCCAAGGACAGCGCCCAGCAUACCAACACAUGAAAAUCAUAUUUCAACACGCCAGGCGCGACACAAAAGUCAGAAAUAACGAUACAAGUCAUGCCUUACCUUUGAAGAUCUUCUUCUGUUGGCACUCCAAUAUGUCCAUUAAACAUCACAAAUGGUCCUUUUGUUCGAUAAACUCUGUCGUUAUAUCCCCAAAAUGUCAAUUUAUUUGGUGCUCUUGAUUCAGAAAAUACACCGGUUCCAACUAGCGCAAAAUGAUCACAUAGUAUCUAAUAAGUUACCUGUAAACUUGAUCCAAACAUUUCAAACAACUUUCCUAAUAAAACUUUGGGUAUUUUUAAACGUAAAUAAUCUAUAAAAUUUAAGACGGAAUAAACCGUGUUCAAUAGCGGAUAAAAUGGAAGUGGAGCAAGCUUUCAGGUCGUUCACACCAAACACAACAGUGCACUUGGCUCGACUCCCAGAAAGGAAAUGGCUAAUUCUUCAUUUCUCAAAGGAAAAACAUCAACCAAUUUCUAAAGACUGUUGACAUCUAGUGGAAGCCUUAAGAACUGUAACCAGGUCCCUCAUAAAUCUAGUUCCCCAUAGAAAAGCAAUUGAAAAGAGAGUGACCUCAAAAAUAAAAUUCCUGGAUGGUUUGUCCUCGGGGUUUCGCCUGCCAAAUAAGUUCUGUUAUACUCACAUACAUAAUUGUAACAGUUUUAGAAACGUUAGAGUGUUCUCUAUCCAAAUGCACCAUUAUAUGCAUACCCUAGCUUCUGAGCCUGAGUAGCAGGCAGUUUACUUUGUGCACACUUUUCAUCCGGACGUGAAAAUAGUGCCCCCUUGCCUUAAUUAAGAUAUGAUUGACGGUAGGUUGUAUAAAGACUGUUGUCUCCUGUUUCGCCAUACAAAUCUUUACUAUGGACUACUGAGGUACUCUGCAUGUGAAUCUCUGUCUGCAAUUGCAUUGUAUUACUAAAGAGUUUUAUACCAAGGUUCCUGUGUCUGUGUCAUCUAUCUGGAAGACUGAUUGUUGAAGGAAAUCACCCCAUGCAAAGGACCAGCCAACAAGAUCUUAGUUUUGAUUUUAGUUUAUUGUCAUAGAUAUGUCAUUUUGACAAAUAUGUCAUGUUUCACCCCUUAGAUAAUGACAACUCUUAAUGAGCACACCACAACAUGAAUUGUUGAAAUAUAAGAAAUAAAAUAAAUAAUACUGAUCUUGUAAAUAAAUGUAUUUGUGUUGAAAUAAACGUUUGUAUGAAAUCAA